AAGACUCACCAGUUUAGAGCGUGAGAACAGCAGAGAUACACAGAAGCAGCACGAUGGCUGAAUUCAGAUGGAUUAAAACAAAUUUAUUUUUCGUCCUGGUGCUUCAGUUUACAGCAGCAGCAACUGGACAGCAGCCCUUCUUAACUGUCAGAGCUGGAGAUGAUGUCACUUUGUCUUGUGAAAAUAAGGCAGAUGAUCAGGUUAACUGUGACGGUACUACAUGGCUCUUCCGUCAACGACUAACCUCACAAACAGAGCUGGUUAAUCAUGGGCAGCUUGUUGAAAACGCUAAAUCAGACAGACUGAAUAUUACAGAGAAAUGUUCUCUGGUUAUGAAGAAGGUCACAGAUGAGGAUGCUGGUUAUUACAGCUGCAUACAGGACCACAAAUCAGAGCAACAAAGUUUUUUCCGUGGGUAUGAAAUGUCUGUUCUUAGGAUGACUGAACAGAAAGACACUGAUGAGGUGACAUUAAACUGCUCUGUGAGGACAGAUGAUCGAUGUAUACACACAGUGAAGUGGCUGUUUCAGGGUCAAGAUGUUGAUAAAGACAACAAGGACAUAAAGACAUCACAGUCUCUCUGCUCUGCCUCUGUGACCUUUCUGACUUCUCUCUACAUUUACAUAUCAAGAUAUAAGUUAUUUACAUGUGCAGUGACUGAUGGUGACAAAGUGCAGGUGUUUCCCUUCAGAUCUCAAUCCUCAGGUGAGGACACAACAACAGCAUCAACAGCAACAACAACAACAACUGAAAAUAACACAACAGCAGCUUGUACAGCUUAUUGGUCUGCUCUGGACUACAUCAUGUUGGUGAUGCGUGUGGCUGAACUCCUCCUAAUAACUGUGAUUACUGUUCUUCUCAUCAGAGCUCCAGGGAACCAGAGACCACCUGAUGACAACACUGUGCAUCAUGAUGGCACAGUAAAAUAUGAAAGCAAUGGAGACCCUUCUGUUUCUGCCAGAUUCCACUGCGAAACGAUCUAUAAAGAUAGAAAAACGGAACAGAGGGUGAACACAGGUAUACGCAGGCAGACGGACGCCCCAGAACAGCAGAGAAUACAUAGAAGAGGCACGAUGGCUGAAUUCAGAUGGAUUAAAACAUCUUUGCUUCUGAUACUAGUGCUUCAGUUCACAGCAACACUUGGGCAGUACACCUCCUUCAUUGUCAGAGUUGGAGAUGAGGUCACUUUGCCGCGUAGGCCUCACAAUAAGGCAAAAGAUCAGGAUAAAUGUGGCAGUACUACCUGGUCCUUCAGUUCAAGAUACUCAAAAGGAGACCUGGUUUUUCAUGGACAGAUACAUGAAAACACAAAAGCAGACAGACUGAGUGUUACAGCAAACUGCUCUCUGGUUAUAAAGAAGGUCACAGCUGAGGAUGCUGGUCAGUACACCUGCCAACACAAAUCAGGAACAAAUCAGGUUCAUCUGUCUGUUGUUACCAUGACUGAAUAUCGGGACACUGAUGAGGUGACAUUAACCUGCUCAGUGUCACCAUAUGGCGAGUGUGAACACACAGUGACGUGGCUGAAUGAGGAUGAAGAUAACAAAGAUAUGAUGACGUCACCGUCUGACUGCUCAGCCAGUGUGACGACUUCUCUUUCUGAGUCAAAGCAUCAUGAGUUUUUCAAGUGUGAAGUCACUGAUGAUAUCAGCAGAAACACUAAGCAGUUCAUCUAUUUGGACUCAGACGAGAAAACAGGGGAGGAUGAAAAAACAUCUACAAGUAAGCCAACAACAACAACAACAGCAACUAAACCACCAGCAACAACAACACCAACUAAACCACCGCCACAAAAAAAGCAACUAAACCAAACAACUAAACCACCAGCAACAACAACACCAACUAAACCACCGGCAACAACAACACCAACUAAACCACCAGCAACAACAACAGCAACUAAACCAAAGUCAACAGUUACAGACAAUACAAUAUCAACAGACAAUAAUACUCUAGCUCAAGGACAAGGUUGGUGGUGGUUCAUUAUUUUGCCCGUGGUUUUAGCAGCGUUGUUUGUCGUGGUGCUCAUCAGAUGGAAGAGAAGUAAAGGAAACGAAACGCAAAUGGACGCAAACACUGCUGAUCCUGAGGAUGGUGUUUCUUACACCUCUGUCAGUUUCACCAAGACGACCAACAGCAAAGCCCAGGUUCAAGGAAAUGUUGGUGACGAUGAAGGUGAUGCAGUGACCUACAGCACCGUGAAAGCUUCCUCUUCUGCUUGAACCUUCGUUGAUUUCAGCAACUUCUACGCCACCGCCAGCCAACCAAACAUAAAUCUGACACACAGUUCUCCAGGCUGCAUGUAUCCGAACGAGCAUGCCUUGAAACAGUAGAUGAAUCUUGCAGGUCCACUAGACCUGCUGUUACCCAUCAUAGCUUUUUUUGCAAAGGUUUGCAGAAACAUUCGCGUGUAUCUUCAGAAAAUAAUAAUAUAGUGGUAAUAGUACAUUACACAUCCUUUCAAUGUGGCUUUCUAGCUUAGCAUGUUGUUAGCUGAUGGUGCUAGCUGGUUAUGUUGUAGGCAGAAGUUUGUCCGUUGGUUGCUUUGUUGCUUGCGAAGGUGAAGAAGCUGAGGAAGUUUGUUUGGUUCAAAGGGUCAAGCAGCCUGCUACCAAUGAAUGCAACUUGCUAGGUAGCUUAACGUGGUGAUACAGGACAGAUAUGUAGCCUGAUUCAGAGGGCACAGUGUGAAGGUACAGGUAAAAGGGGAUGAGGUGGUUCUGUUGAGCUCUCUCAGUGUUGUGAGUCCAUCUCAAUUAUACAUCAGUUAUUUAGAUGGACUAAGGAGACUUGCCUGCACUCUUACACUCACGCAAGUUCAUGUUGAAACCAUGCUCCUCUUUGUUCUCUACAAGAUCUUCCUCAGGGUCCUGUACAUAGAAAGCUGGAGACCUCCUUUGUGCCCUGCAGUUCAGGAUUUUUGUCUUGCAGCUGAGUAUUUUUGCCUGAGUGUGCACAGUUGCUCCCUCUUCUGUAGAAAUGUGAAUUGAUGUUUUAUGAUCAUACAAGGAAAAGUUUCUAAUAUCAGAGAUGUUGCUAAAUAGUGAGUAGGCCUAUUGGUAAGAUUAGUGGAACCAAUUAAACAGUGAUUGUGACUGGCAGUCAGAUGAAACUGCCUAAUAAGCCAGUUAGACCAGCCAUUGCCACCUAGCUUAGGUAGAUACAGUGUAGAUAUAAGGUCAUGUCAAGUCUGCUUGUGUGAGAGCAGAAUUUAAAGGCAACUUAAAGAUAAGUUGGAUCAAUAAUAAUGGAUGAUAUCUUUAAAUAUUCUUAUUGUCAUUUUGUCUAUUUUCUUGGCUGUUGCAGUAAUUUGUCUUUCUGUGAUUGUUGUUAUGCACCAAAAUACUAAGGCAAACUCCUUGUAUGUGGAACCAUAGUUGCCAACUCUCAUGCAUUCGCCAUGAGAGUCACGCAGUUGGUUGAUUUCCCACGGUCUUACGCCACACCUCCCAUUUCUCACUUGAAAAAAACCUUACAUAACUAGGCUACUACUACAUACAAUGACCAAUGACCUGGCAGUAAGAAGGGGAAGAAGAAAUAUUUCAAGUCUUGCAUUUCUGACCUCCAGGUAUGUUGGCAUGUGUGUGUUGUGAAGUAGUUAGUGCUGAGCUUUUAAAUCUUAUAUCUAGGGGCAUGGGUAGCGUAGUGCAUAGUGGCCCAUAUACAGAGUCUUGUUGCAACAGUCAUGGGUUUGACUCCGACCUACAACCAUUUUCUGCAUGUCAUCCUCCCAUUCUCUCUUUCCGCAUUUCACUCUGUCCUAUCCAUUAAAGGCGAAAAAGAAAAAAGAAAAAACUUUACAUUUAGUUUCUUAUAUGUGUUGUGAGAGCAUGUGGAGAGUUUUGUAAAUGUCAAAAAUGCUAAAUUAGCAGCAAAGAGUACUUUAUGUUAGCAGCUAAAUUAAGAUAGUAGCCUAUUGCUGUAGCAGCCAUCCUUUCAAGCAGCUGGGCAGAGAUAGAGAUAGGCGAAAAAUUCCGCUGUCAUAAAUUUUGGGCGCUAACUGAGCAUAUGCUCAUUGAUGGACAUAUUUAGCAGAAUUGAGCCAUUGUUUGCUUAUGUGAUUGAAAUUAUGUGAUUGGAAUUGCACUUACGAGUUCAUGUGGUAGUCACCACACUAAAAUGGUGUAAAACAAGGCAAAUUAGAAACAUGAUUCAUGACAGUUGCAAGAGACAAAUUUAUAUUAAUAUUGACACAGCAUUUAUUUUUUAAUAUAAAUUUAUGUCCGUGUAAUAGGCCACAUUAUGUUAAAUGAAGGUUUUGUGGUUACCAGUUGUAUUUGGUAAAGAAAAGAAAAAUGAAGUAUUAAAACAUUAUUGUCUGUAAUAUUGAUAGGUAAUAAUGUGUAGGCCUAAACGACAAAACUGUGGUCGGCCCUGCUGAAUCUCACUCCAAGGUUUUGAAAAGUUGACAGCCCUGUGGAACCCUACAUGGCAAUAAACCUGAUUCGGAUUUCUUUUAAACAAAGGUGACUUUUCUUUAUUUUAUGUUUAUUUUUAUAAUUUCCAGACUAAUUGCUGUUAGUACUUGUUGUCCAAAAGUGUUUGUAGUAAGAAAAGACAAUGUAAAAAGUACAAGUAAUAACUAAACAUUCGUGUCCUGUUUAAAAAUAAAUGAG